CUAUGCAUUCAUCUUGCACACAAACUUCAUAUGAACAUAAACAUUGUUUUCUUGGUUUAGGCACCAAGCAGUCUUCCUUACAAGCCUCAAAAGAACUUAACAGGAUGCCGAGCCAGAGAGGACCACCCAGAUUAGCAGCGCCUGCAAACAGAUUCCACUCAGGGAAGAUGCAAGACAAUUGGAAAGGAGAUGGUUCCCUGGGAACAUCCAGCAAAGUGUCAAUGAAUUCAGUGAGUAUCUCUGGUGAGGAAAUGAUACGCAAGGCGAGAAAGCAAAUAACCGAAGUCAUUCAGAAGGAUCUAGAAUUCUUUCUGGACGAGUUUGUCUCCAAGUCGGUCAUCACGGAGGAAGAAUAUGCAGCCUUAGAUAAAAGCGAAGAGAAUGUCAAGAAGAAAACUCGAACGCUGCUGCUUCUGCUACAGCAAAGAGAGGGAGCAGCCUGCACCCAGUUCCUGGAAUGCUUGGAAGUGGUAUGUCCAGGUACAUACGGGGCACUGCAACGUUCAAUACGAGGUCCGUCAAGUCAGGAGAAAGAAGAUGAAAUUGAGCAAGAACCAGAGAGACAGGAGAAACGUCCUGUCAAAGGUAUGUCCAUCUCUGUUACCACACUCAGAGUUUCCUAAAUAUUGGGUUCUACCCAUUCUACACUGGAACCUGGAGUUGUAUUGCCAGAUCAAGGGGACAAAGCCAGUAAGAUUAUUACAAGACCCAGAAUUAGGAGCAAGACACAUCAGAGGUGAUCUUCAUAUUUUUCUGGAAGGAUAUUUUGCCUACCCAGCUGGGGCAUGUUGGAGAGGGAGGGAAAGAGGCUGGAGAGUCUUCAGAACAGCUCCCGUCCCAGCCAGUCAAGCAACGUCUCCUCUCACCAAAAGGCGCUCUUUCCCCCUGCCUGAGGCUGAGCCCCCGACCUCAGAG